ACUAGGGGGAGUGGCUGCUUAGCAAUCAUAUUAUGAAAGAGCUUGGUUUCUUUUUGCUUCUUUUUAUUUCAACUGGCCCCAUUGCUGCUGCAUAUCCUUGGCCAGACAACGUCACUCAAUACAAAGGGUACAUUGAUCUGCAAAGCAAAGGAGGUGUAGGUGUUCACUUGUUCUAUUGGUUCUUUGAGAGCAGAAGCGAGCCCUCCACUGACCCACUGGUAAUAUGGCUGACAGGUGGGCCAGGCUGCUCUAGUGAGCUUGGGCUCUUCCUUGAAAAUGGACCUUUCAUUAUUAAUGGAACCAGCACACCAACCUACAAUCCUUAUGGUUGGAAUAGUUUUGCUAACAUCAUCUACAUUGAUCAACCUGGAGGGACUGGUUUCUCAUAUGUUGAUAAACCAAGUGAGUAUGUACAUGAUGAGAUGCAGCUAGCUAUGGACCUGUGGAACAUGAUGCUAGCGUUUUAUGAGAAAUAUCCAAAAUACACUAAAUUGGAUCUUUAUAUUUUCGGAGAGAGCUAUGCUGGUCAUUAUGUGCCU